AUGUUGCUGAUGAUGUCAACGUUUUUCUACGUUUUAUUCACGGUUACUGUACUUUUCUUAUGCUCCAAGAAGAAAAAAGAACGAGGCAAAAAACUGAAGUCAUCUGAAUCUAGUCGCAAAGGGUCGAAAACUUCUAAAUCUGAAGAAACCAAAGAAAAACCAAAUCCUUCACAUUUUCCCGAUGUUGCUCCAGCUCCUCCAGAACUUUCUCCACCUACUCCAGUGGCUCCUGCCAAACCUGCAAUGGCGGCCACUUAUGACCCUAACUACCAAACACUUGCUGGACUCAAUAAUAAUGUAUUCGAGGCUAAGGAGGUUCCAGCUAAUGUUCCAGCUGCACCAGUUGCUGCCAAACCAGGAAUGGCUGCAACUCACGAUCCAAACUAUCAAACAUUGGCUGGAAUAAACAAUAACGUUUUUGAUAAGAAAAAUGAGAAAAAUGAAGAAGAAGGAAGAGCUGGAACAUCUGCUCCAGCCGAUCAGAACGCAAAAGCAGCUACCCAUGAUCCGAAUUAUCACACUCUGGCUGGUCUUAACAAUAACGUGUUCGACAAGAAAGAUGGAGGAGGAGGAGCUGCCGGUGGAGACAAGAAACCAAUUCAACCAGCUGACAAGAAUAAGAAAGCAGCAACAAUGGAUCCCAACUAUCAGACAUUGGCAGCAGUCGGAGGAGAUGUAUUUGGUGCUGAUAAGAAGGCAGGAGGUGGUGGUGCAGGAGGGGAUAAGAAACCCAUUCAACCGGCUGACAAGAAUAAGAAAGCGGCAACUAUGGAUCCUAACUUUCAGACAUUGGCUGCUGUUGGUGGAGACGUUUUCGGAGCUGAUAAGAAAGUAGGAGGAGCAGAUGGAAGGAAACCAAUACAACCAGCUAAUAAGAAUCAAAAAGCGAACACAUUCGACCCUAACUAUCAAACUUUGGCAGCAGUUGGUGGAUAUGUUUUUGGUGCGGAUAAGAAGAGAAAAUAG